AUGCAAGAAGAUCCUGGCAUAAGACAGGCAGAGCCGAACCUAUUCAGGCGUAGAACCAUGUUUACAGAUACAGUGGUUAUUCAUUGUCUGGUGCUGGACUAUUUCCCUGACGAUGUGCAGAAAUUGCGCGAAAAAGGCAUACGAUUUGAUGCUCUCGACGCUCAGGAGAGACGUGAUAUUCAGGAGGGAACACUGAAGCUGGCAGACUUCGGAAACGCUGUGCACUUCGGUACUGUGGGAUCAUCUUCAUACCAGGUAACCAGGUAUUAUCGACCUCCCGAGCUACUGUUCGGCAGCACUGUUUUGACUCCUGCUAUCGGUAAUCUUCUGAUGUUUGGUCUGCUGCCUGUGUUACUUAUGACUUUAUCACGACUAGACCUCUGUUCAAAGGACGUAGUUCUGAGGAUCAAGUUCGUUCAAUUAAUGUAUUAUAAGGAAUAA